CGCCCGGCCUUCAAGGCGGCUUGCUGGGAUCUCGGCCAUUGCGACCCGAAGCGAUGCUCUGGAAAGAAGCUGAUCAGGCUCGGCAUGAUGCGCGACCUGCACCUCGGCCAGCGCCAUAACGGCGUCAUCAUCACGCCCAACGGCAAGAUCGUCGUUUCGCCCGCCGACCGCGACCUCAUGGACCAGUUCGGUGCCGCCGUCGUCGAGUGCUCGUGGGCCCGCACCCAAGAAAUCCAAUGGAAUAAAGUUGGCGGCAAGUGUGAGCGCCUGCUGCCGUACCUGGUCGCUGCAAACUCCGUCAACUAUGGCAAGCCGUGGCGUCUCAAUUGCGUCGAAGCCCUUGCCGCUGCCUUUUACAUCUGUGGCCACGCGGACUGGGCCGAGCAGAUCCUCGAGCCCUUCUCAUACGGCGCUUCGUUCCUCGAAAUCAACUCCACCAUUCUCAAGCGCUACGCCGCAUGCGCCGACGCUGCCGAAAUCAAGAAGACGGAGGAGGAGUGGAUGGAGCAGCUGGAGAGGGAGUACGCCGAGAGUCGAGAGGAGGGCAACGACGACAUGUGGACUAGCGGAAACACAAACCGAAGGCGAAUGGACGACUCCGAUGACGACGAAGACGAUGACGAAGAUGACGAAGACGACUCGAACAACGAUGAUAAGAGCAUAGACGGCAUAUAUCUGGGCAAGAAACCCCCGAAGGCCGCCAAACCAGCCGACUCAGACGACGAACAAGACAAAGACCCAUACCCAAUAUCCGACGACUCAGACGACGACGCCGCCAUGGCUGAAAUCCGCCGCAAAGUCCUCGCCUCAAAGGCCUUCUCCAACCCCGCCGCCGAAGAGUCGCGCAAGAAGCCCGCUACCAUCCCCAAUCCCCAGCAGUUCAAGCCCACCUCCGAUGUCGAACCCGACUCAGACAAUGGCGACUCGGACGACGAUGAUGACGAGUUUGACAACAUCAUCUCUGCCACCCCCGUCACCGACCGCAUCGGGCUCGCUAAGUUGGACAAGGAGCGCGAGCGCGCCGCCAUCACCACCAAGACCUUUUCGUCCAGCUUUACGUCAGCGCCGGGGAGG